AUGUGGCCCUCUCUUGUUAUAGGUGCCAUUCUUAGAGAUCUAGAGUCCUCCCCUGUAUUCCUCGCCACUAUCACCGCCGAUGUUGAUCCUCUUCUCCUCAACACUGCUUUCUACCAUCAAGCCACGGGAACCAUAACGGGAGUAACCCACGCCAUGAUGAAACUGGAAUUGGCCGGAUUGUGGAAAGUUGCUGGUCACCCAAUCAUUAAUAUGGACGCGAGCAUCCUGAGCUGGAGGAAGAAGGGGACUGUGAUAAAACCCGGUCUCCAAAGUGCUGCGCGAAAAAUCUAUAAUAUGUUCAAGAAAGAAUUCUGUCGUCAGUACUACAAGACCCACAAAAAA